UCGAGGCGGUAUCGCUUAUCGAAAUCGUUUCGCUGGAGAACGAUUCAAGUUGUGCAGAUUCAAUUCCUGUGUAUUGUAUUUCGUUUCGUUCGCCUUGGAUUCUUUUGGACAUGGUCACACGUGCUUCAUGUUUUGUUCCUUUGUGAAUAUUUAUUUUGAUUUUAAUUUUCGUGCUACUAAACUUGUUAAUUUGUUUUGACAAUAUUAUGCGUUUUUCGUUUGGAUUUCUGUGCGUGUUAUGAUAGCAGAUAAAUACUGACUUAUCUAAAAGAAGAUACCAAAGAAGAUGAGUGCCAAAAUGUUAUUAUAUAAUUUCUCCUUGUUUUCUGCGGUUAUAACUUGGAUUGGAGUGGUAGCUGAGGAGGAGGUUUCGUCGCCUUUAAGGGUAGCACAAUGCAGAGCGACAUGUCUUCAAAAGUUCGCGGCACCCCGGUCAGGCGGCGAGUCAUCUUGUUUGCAAGGCCCUGAUUGCUUUAUGUGCUGGGAAAACUGUGAGCUACUUCAAUCGAACUAUCAAGUUUGGGGGGCGGUGUGCGACGAAAAUGAUAUUUGCUUUCCUGGCUGCAAAGUGGCAUGUGAAUUUCAUACCGGAGCUGCUCGUGCGUCUCAAACUCAACCCGUUAUCCACACUAAGGGCGAAGGAGUGAUGAGAGUAAGCGGUGCUCUAGCUCGCUGGCCACCCCCAGUACCGCGGGCCGCUUCCAAUCCGGCUCCUUUAGUGUACGUGGUUAUGCGAAAAGCUGCCGAAGGACCUUGGCGUCAAAUCAUCCAGACUCAAUCACUGGCAACGAGAGUACCGUCGAACAAUGAGGGUGCACUUCUUAGAGUUCUGGUCGUCGAUCCGCAAGGGCUCGUGACUAUCUACAGUCCAGACGAAACGUGGGUAGCUCAUGACACCAACUCAUCUAGUCACGAUGAACACAAGUGGACGCUGAAAGAAAUAUCACUCAUUCAUCAAAAAGUUCUUGUAAUUGGAGAAAUCGCUUGGGAGCCGAGAAUAACUCGCGGCGUGUAUUUAGUUACUUGGGAAGUAGACGGCGGAGGUUUGAAAGGAAAUCUUUUUACCGAUUCUACACGUGUAACACUGUCGCUAUGGCCCGACACGAUCUAUCAUAUUCAAGUAGAACUCGUUUCGAGGACUCCAGGUGUAGAAAAUGAAAAAUCAGAGACUAUGACUAUUGAUACCAGCCGUGCUCAGAGAGUAUCUACAGAGAGUGUUCAGGAUGUGGAAGUGAGUGAAGGUGACCGUCUUAUGUCAGUUUUAGUGAGCUCCAUGCGCGGUGACAGAGUACCAGAACGCGCUCCCGAUUCUGAGCUCGUAUUGGGCUGCCUGUCCGCUAUGAUCGCGUUCGGGUUGGCUGUCAUCGCCGCUAUAAUUUGGAGACGACGACGAAGAGGUACAUUUCCCGGUACAAAUGUAUACGUAGGUUCUUCGUCGAUUCUGAAAAGAAAGUUGGUUGAAGAUUUCACCCCGGGCGUUCACUGCUUCCAGCCAGUUCUCGCUCCGGAGACUCCAACUAACCAAGCUUCACGGGAUGUCGUCGUGUGACGUCAUAGCUUCGACAUGCUGUCAUUAGACGACCGCUCCUUCAGUUCCUAAAGCUCUGGACGAAAUUUCGACUAGGUAAAUGUUUGAAACAAAGCGUGAAAAUGUUUUGUAUGUGAUACAAGAACACUAAAACAGUGAAUCAAAAUAGAUGUGUGGACAUAAAAAUAAAUUAACCACGGUUUCAGUGAUUCAUCGUAAAAUUUAUGUGUAACAAAAAGACAUUGCGAGAUCGAUUGUAAUGAAAUUAUUUUAUGUUAUCGAUUACGUAGUUAUUUAGAUAAAUUGUAAAUUCAAUUAUGUACUUAUAGUAUUUAUGGAAUUCAGUAAGGUUAACACCACAAAAAUUAGAUAUUACUAUGUAAAUAAUAUAAUAUCGAAAUAGCGAAUCAUAAUUUUCUAAACACUAAAAGAUAUAUAAAUGUGCUGUACAUAACAUGAGUGUCUAUGGCAAUACUGGUGUCGCUCUUUUGAUAAGGCUCUUACCCUAAGAAUAAUGAAAUGUGUAUGUGUAACUGCAUUAUAAAGGUGUAAUGACUUAUACAUUUACGUGCCCUUGUAAACGUAAUAAAACAUCUAGUGCCGAUGGUGUACAUAAAUUACAACCACAAUUAUUACACGAAACUAUUUUUACAGCUAGUCUUUAUCAUAAUUUAGUUGUACCUAGUUAUUAGUUAAAAUUCGCUCGUUAUAGAAUCUACGGUUUCUUCAGCAAUAAAAUUACAUGUAUGUAUAUGUAAAUAUUUGAAGCGUGAUUGUAAAAACAUAACAGAGAAAUUAUAUUUUUCUUGAACUUAACAGAAUAUAUAUUAUGUAAUAGUUAAAACGUCUGAAUAUAAAUAGUAACAUAAUAUUUGUCACUCUAUUCGAGUAUUCGGCUUAGAUAAUGAAAAUAAAAUUCUUCCAAAUUUUUUUAUAAAUUCUGGAUGUUUUAGGUCAAUUCGUGUAACUCUUUUGUACUUAACUUUUACUUGUUAGAAAAGACCAAAACGUUUUGUUGAUAAGCUUUGGUUGGGUGACCAAAUUGAUCGUAGGUAAGUUAUUAGCUUAGUUAAAUUUAUUUAUUUCUUUUUGUGAAAAGUUUUUCCUCUUGUUUCAAUUUGUAAAUAUGCUAUGUUAAUGAAGCUGAUCUUUGACAAGUAUAAAAUAAAUAUGUCUGCCAAAUUA